CACAUUAUUACCUACUUGUCGCUAGAGCAUUACAAGCCUUUUAAGCCGACACCAUGGCUGCUAGCGAGGAUGAGUCCUGGCGAGUCCUUGUUGUGCCAGGCUUGAAGGCAGGGGAGCUGAGCACUAUUCGGAGCUUCAUGCUGCCAGACCCCCGAACAGGCCGGUCGCAGGGCUUCCUGCUGUCAGGCGGCCGGCUGCUCGAGGUGAACCGCUUCAAGCAGGCACACAGCGCGUGGCUCACCCCCGAGAGGCUGAUAGCAGAUGGCGGCAUGUUCCUAGCGACCCCGUUCGACCCGCUCUUCAUGUUGCUUCCGCUGCUGGAUCGAGCUCGAGACAAGGAUGACAGUUGUCCAGCGGGGAAAUUCAAAGAGCUCGAGGAGCUUCUGUACGACAGCUCCAUGCCGGGAUUGGGGGAGCUGCUGCCGUACGCUCGUUCCGCAUGCACGCCAGUAGCGGCAGCAGCUGCCGGUCAACAGGCUGCCGCCGCAAUGCCUAAACAAGCAACAGCGCCAGCAGCGGCUGAAGCGGAACCGGCAGCGGCACCUUUAACGACUUCCAACGACCGCCAGCCGGCAGGAGAGGAGACAGCGGCGUCAGAAGGCCAGCAGGGCCAGCAGCAGCAGCAGGAGCAAGAGCCUCCUUCCUCAGCCACAGCAGAGCAAGGGGCAGCGGCCAAGGCCGCGGAAGGACCCCCGGGAGGGGAGCAGGCUGCCGCCAGCGGGCCAGCCGCGGCUGCCUCGGAACAGCAGCAGGCUGCAUGCCUGCAGCAGCGGCAGCAGGAUCCCGCAGCGGCGGUGGCGGUGCAGACCGCGUGUGUUUCCCUGGAGCAGCAGUUGGCCUGCAUUUGCGAUGUACGGAAGGUUGAGGAUACCUGCUACUACCGGCUUAAUGAUGACCGGGUCCUAGCCUGGCUGCGAUGCAAGUUCCGGCAGCUGCAGGCAGCCCUUGCCGCUCAGCUCGCCGGCAUGGACGCGGCGCAUGCCAAGCUGUACGUGCUAGGGUUCCUGGGGGAGUACGUGGGUGACCCAUGGGUCAGUCGACUCGCAAAGUCCCUGGGCGCAAACGAAAAAGAGGCCUCAGGCACGCCGCUCCAGCCGGCAGACGGCAACGCUCUACCAGCGUCGCGGCCUGCUCCGACGCCGCUGGCAGGGCCACCGGAGAAAAAGCAGAAGAUCGACCCACGGGUCGCUGCCAAGCAGGCUUCCCUUGCCAAACAGGCGGUGGGGACCAAAAAGCUCACAUCCUUCUUCACCAAGAAGUGACGUGUACCGUACACGUGCUGUGGACGGGUCGACCCA